CCGAGCGCAUGCGUGCGGCGGCGGCGGCAGGACUGAUUGGACUGGGGCCGGGACCGCGGCAGGACCGACUGUUCUGAGGCCGCGGGUGGGCGCGGCUGCACGGGAGCUCGGCAUGGCGGUACCCGCGGCGGCCAUGGGGCCCUCGGCGCUGGGCCAGAGCGGGCCCGGCUCCAUGGCCCACUGGUGCUCCGUGAGCAGCGGCCCGACGCGCUACGUGCUGGGCAUGCAGGAGCUGUUCCGGGGCCACAGCAAGACGCGCGAGUUCCCGGCGCACAGCGCGAAGGUGCACUCGGUGGCCUGGAGCUGCGACGGGCGGCGUCUGGCCUCUGGGUCCUUCGACAAGACGGCUAGCGUCUUCCUGCUGGAGAAGGACCGGUUGGUCAAAGAAAACAAUUACCGCGGACACGGCGACAGCGUGGACCAGCUGUGUUGGCAUCCAAGUAACCCUGACCUGUUCGUCACAGCGUCUGGAGACAAAACCAUUCGCAUCUGGGAUGUGAGGACUACCAAGUGCAUCGCUACUGUGAACACUAAAGGGGAGAACAUUAAUAUAUGUUGGAGUCCCGAUGGGCAGACCAUAGCCGUAGGCAACAAGGAUGAUGUCGUGACCUUUAUUGAUGCCAAGACACAUCGUUCGAAAGCAGAGGAGCAGUUCAAGUUUGAGGUCAAUGAAAUCUCCUGGAACAAUGACAAUAACAUGUUCUUCCUGACAAAUGGCAAUGGUUGCAUCAACAUCCUCAGCUACCCAGAGCUGAAGCCGGUGCAGUCCAUCAAUGCGCACCCUUCUAACUGCAUCUGCAUCAAGUUCGACCCCACGGGGAAGUACUUUGCCACAGGAAGUGCGGAUGCUUUGGUCAGCCUCUGGGAUGUGGAUGAGUUAGUGUGUGUUCGGUGCUUUUCCAGGCUGGAUUGGCCUGUGAGGACCCUCAGUUUCAGCCACGAUGGGAAAAUGCUGGCUUCAGCAUCAGAAGAUCAUUUUAUUGACAUUGCUGAAGUAGAGACAGGAGACAAGCUAUGGGAGGUGCAGUGUGAGUCCCCGACCUUCACUGUGGCUUGGCACCCCAAAAGGCCUCUGCUGGCAUUUGCCUGUGAUGACAAAGAUGGCAAAUAUGACAGCAGUCGGGAAGCAGGGACUGUGAAGCUGUUUGGGCUUCCCAAUGACUCCUGAUUAGGAGGACCCGGCGUGGGGGACAGUGAACUAAAAUUAGUUUGGUCUGUCUCUCCGAGUUGGUGUGCACCUACAGUAUUUGUACAUUGCUAUAAAUUAUAAAAGUCUUUUUUUCAGGCUGCCCA